GCAGAGCUCUCCAAAAUGAGGGUGAAGAAAUAGUCCAAAGAAGGUGGGAGGAACUGAAAUUCAGGCAGCAAAAGAGUUGGUGUGUGUGCUUGGUCCUUACAUUGCAGACUCCCUCCACGAAUCACAGGCUCUGUGUUCUUCCAGAUCCAGCCAAGAAUAUACUCGAUUGUUGUGGAAAAUAAGAUCACAGACAAACGUCUUAUGUUCCUUUCCAGCCCCAACUGACCUUGAGGAUGGCAUCUGUUCUCAGUGCAGUGGCUCACUUUUUGAUCCUAACUUGGUGUCUAAAAGUACAGGUGUCUGACCAGGUUGACCUAGACAUGGCUGACGAUGCAUUUGAUGAUCAAUAUAUCGGCUGUACUGAAGAAAUGGAGGAAAUGGCACCCCAGCUGUUAAAAGAAGAACUGGAGGCAAAUAAAGAAUUUUCAGUCGAAUGGAAAUGGGCAUCAGAGACAUGGAACUACAUAAAGAACACAAAUAAUGUUUCAAAGAAACUCAAUGAUUUUCAUGGAACAGCUCUAGUAGCCUCUUCUAGUGGGGACAUUGUAAAAUUUAAUAGAGCCAUAAGAGAAUUUCGCAGCAAUUCAGACAAUUUUCAGUUCAAAGCCUUGCAUUAUUAUUUGACAAGAGCUCUUCAACUUCUUAAUCAAGGAGAUUGUUAUACUGUAUAUAAACGCUCUAUCCCCAGGUUUCAUUACAAUGGGACUGGAAAUGUUCGUUUGGGGGGAUUUAUCGAUUCAACUUUGUCUAAGAGAAGAGGUACAAGUCCUUUUAUUUUGAAAAAAUGGCAGUGGAAUGUGUUUAAAAUCACCACUUGCUUGGGUGUUCCUAUUAAAGAAUAUUCUUACUAUCCACAUAUAGUGGAAGUAAUGAUUCCAGGGUAUGAAGUAUAUCAGAAAGUCAACGUCACCGAAAAGGAAAAAUACUUUGAAAUUACACUUGAGAAUCCCAAAAAUGAUAAGAGCAAUUUCAACUGCUUCUAUAAUAGCUUGAAAAGUAAUAGGAGUGUGGACUACUUCUAUGAAGUCUCUUCAGGAAUGAGAGAAAGCCCUGUAUUCCUUCUGCUGCUGCCUGGCCUCCUCGUCCUGCUGCGCCUCCCUACUGAGCUGUAACCCUCCCCUGCAUGAUGCCUCGUUCUGCGUGGGGUUUGUGAAGAGGGGUGUGGGAGGGAGGCAAAGCGGCAGGGGGCUGACUGGCUUGCCAGCAUCAGCAGUACAGUUGGAGCUUCACAUCCACAGAUUCAGCCAACCACGGUUUGAAAAUACUGGGAAAAAAAUUUCAGAAAAUUCCAAAAAGCAAAGCUUGAGUCUACCACGCACCCAGCGAUUAUUUGCAUAGAAUUUACAUGGUAUUUAUGACUAUUUACAUAGCAUUUACAUUGUAUUAGGUAUUAUGAGGAAUCUGGAGAUGAUUUAAUGUAUACGGGAGGAUGUGUAUAGGUUAAAUGCAAAUACUAUGCCAUUUUAUAUAAGGGACUUGAGCAUCCUUGGAUUUCAGUAUUUGCAGGGAGUCCUGGACAAUUUCCCUGCAAAUACUGAGGGAUGACUGUAUUAGGAAGGGUAGGACACAGGAUUAUUUUUGUGGCGCAUAUUAGUGCUCAUGUCCCCAAGACAUCUGAGGGAUCUGCUGGAUCUGACUGCAAAAGUGUGUACUCCGUCUUCAAAUUUACUACCUGAGAUAAGUCUCUAGUCUCUUGACACUUUGCUAUGAUUAAAAAGCAAUGUUUUUAUGCACUGUCA